CAUGAAAAAGGGGAGUGCGAUUGAUUUUUUAUUGGACGAAAAUUGACAGUAGGCUCCAAUUUUCUGUAAAAACUUGGGUGUUCGGAGCUUGCUGUGAUUGUUGCAGAUAGCUGAUACUCACACGAUAACGUCGCGAGAAGGAAGCGCACAAAAUGAUUGGCGGCUUAUUCGUUUACAAUCACAAGGGCGAGGUGCUUAUCUCGCGAGUCUAUCGUGAUGAUAUUGGACGCAAUGCAGUGGACGCCUUCAGGGUAAACGUCAUCCAUGCGCGCCAGCAGGUGCGCUCGCCAGUGACCAACAUAGCGCGCACCAGCUUCUUCCACAUUAAGCGUGCCAAUAUUUGGCUGGCGGCGGUCACGAAGCAAAAUGUCAAUGCCGCCAUGGUCUUUGAGUUCUUGUUAAAAAUAAUUGAGGUGAUGCAGUCUUACUUUGGUAAGAUAUCCGAGGAAAAUAUCAAGAACAACUUUGUGCUUAUCUAUGAGCUGCUGGACGAGAUUCUGGAUUUCGGAUAUCCGCAAAACACGGACUCGGGCACGCUGAAAACGUUCAUAACGCAGCAGGGCAUUAAGUCGGCCACCAAGGAGGAGCAGAUGCAGAUAACGUCGCAGGUAACUGGACAGAUCGGCUGGCGACGUGAGGGCAUCAAAUAUCGACGCAACGAAUUGUUCUUGGAUGUGCUGGAGUAUGUGAAUCUGCUGAUGAGUCCACAGGGCCAGGUGCUGUCAGCACAUGUUGCCGGCAAGGUUGUUAUGAAGUCGUACUUGUCAGGCAUGCCCGAGUGCAAGUUUGGAAUUAAUGAUAAAAUCGUGAUGGAGUCCAAGGGGCGCGGUUUGUCUGGAAAUUCUGAAGCAGAAACCUCGAGGUCCGGUAAGCCAGUGGUUGUUAUUGAUGAUUGCCAAUUCCAUCAGUGCGUUAAGUUGAGCAAAUUCGAGACAGAGCACUCAAUAAGCUUUAUACCGCCCGAUGGAGAAUUCGAGCUAAUGCGCUAUCGCACCACAAAAGACAUUUCGUUGCCAUUCCGUGUUAUACCCCUGGUACGUGAGGUCGGCCGCACCAAAAUGGAGGUGAAAGUUGUGUUGAAAUCUAACUUUAAGCCAUCGCUGCUCGGUCAGAAGAUUGAAGUGAAAAUUCCGACUCCGCUGAACACAUCGGGGGUCCAGUUGAUUUGCCUGAAGGGCAAGGCAAAGUACAAGGCUAGCGAGAAUGCUAUUGUAUGGAAAAUUAAGCGCAUGGCUGGUAUGAAGGAGACUCAAUUGUCGGCAGAAAUCGAGUUGCUUGAGACGGACACGAAGAAGAAAUGGACGCGUCCGCCCAUUUCGAUGAACUUUGAGGUGCCGUUCGCGCCAUCCGGCUUUAAGGUGCGCUACCUGAAGGUGUUCGAGCCCAAGCUCAACUAUUCCGAUCAUGAUGUGGUGAAGUGGGUGCGCUAUAUAGGACGUAGCGGGCUCUACGAGACACGCUGCUAAGAUAUGGCGGCACAUACAAUCAAGCAAUCGAGCAAGAGUAUCACAUGCCGGCAAAAUAUUAAGUGUUGAAUUUAAAAGUGUAAUCGCAUCCUAUUGGUAUUUCCUCAAUCAAAUUGAACGAUUCGUUGUUGUAUUCCAAAAUUAGUUCCAAUCGAUGCAGCGUAAUUAGCCUGCACACAAACACGUACAUAUACAUACAUAUUUACCUACGCCAUGUGAAUAUUUAGAAUGUGCAACAGACUUGCGCAGCCAGACAUGCGGACUAGGCGGUGAGUCUACGCACAGCUACAUAUAUACCAUAUAUACAUACACAAAUACUAUUAUAUACCAACUAUUAUUUACAUCUUUUAUAUCAUGUAGAUUUUUUUUAUUUUAUUCCUUUGCGCUUUUUAGCAAUGCUAAUCUCACAGACUAAAUUAUUAAUUGUAUUAUUUCUAUAAAUUAAUAUUACAUGUUUCAUUAAUUGUUUUUGAAAACAAUUUGUGGCUUGUAUGGCGCAGAAAUGGAAAUGAACAAAUUCAAUUCAACUCGUGUGGUUCCACAAAAAUCCACUCAUGUAUUUAGUAGACCAAAUCCUGUCUGUCAACACUAUUAUAUAAUAUUGAUAUUCAAGUGUUAAUAUGAUAAUAUUCGAAUUGUUUAAUAAAUAAAAAUCAGCAUACUUAUAUAAUACACAUA